AUGGCCAUAUCUUCGUGCGUUCGCGCAGUGGCGACACAUUUAGAUGUCGUUUUAGCGCAAGAAUACAUCGCUUUGGACAACGCGGAUGCGUACGAGCAGUGCGCCGAAUUGGCAUGUCAAGCGGCGUCAGUGCAGGUUUUACACACGCUAAGUCGCGAAGAGCAGCAUCAACAACAUCAACACCAACAACAACAGCUAGAGUUGGUCGUCGCGUUGCUCGAACGGUUAGCUAUGUUAGUCAGGAUCCCCAACUUGAGGUCGUUGGAGACGGUGUUAGGAGCGUGGACGGCGUUAUUGCGCGCGAACGGAGCAACAGUGCCAAAAAAAGGACACGCGACGACGACUUCCUCUAUGGCGCCGCCGUCUUCGUCAUCGCCAUCAACUUCAACAUCCUUAAAAGUCCUCCCGCCUGGUGCCGUUCCAGCUUUGCUGGACUAUUGCGUCGCGUGGCUUCGCGCUGGUGGUGGUUUAGCCGGCGGCAUGGAUCCGGCUGGCACGCACAUCGCCAACGAAAGAGAACAAUGGGAAGACACGUUCGAAACGUUCGAGGAAUUGAAAACGCAAUGGAUUAUCAAUCGCGCGAAAGUGAUGGAAGUUAUCAAACUCUGCGCGAAUCUGGACCCACAAAGUGCGUCGAGGAAGUUGUUAGAAACCGUCGAUGGGGCUCUAGAAUGGUUGAAGAGCGUAUCAACGUCGGCAGAUGGAGGGGAAGAUUCAGGAGACGAAGGCAAAGCGUGUAUUUUAGAAGGUGUCCAAGCGUUCACGGAGUGCAUCAUGCUCGUUUUGCCCAUCGAAGAACCGCAAGCAUCGAGCGUGGUGAUAGAAAUAGAAAACUUAGUCACGAAAGCGCUCGCGAUGACCGAUCAAUCUUCCCAAAGUGGUGGAAUCAGAUUAGGCCCGCAAAGUUUAGCGCAAUACGCGAAAAUUUUAGAGUGUUUUGGACGCAUCGGUUUGGUGCGACCAAAUUUGGCGCCUCUGUUGGUAAAGAACUUGUUCGAUUUGCUCGGCACUGUUGCGGCGGAGGACGUUUCCGCGCCACCGGUUCGAGGUAAAGCUCGAGUGAAAAGGACGCAAUUGGCGAGACAGAAGAUUUGUUCGGCGAUGUUGAACAUUUGCGCGACAGUGCCAGAGGCGCUCAACCCGCACCUGGAACCGUUGGCAGAACAAGUCGAAAGUCUCCGAUCCACGGGCAACUUGACCGGCGCGGAGAGAGGAACUUUAGCCGAAGCUUUAUUAGCAGUGGCGACACCGAGUGGUCCAGAACGAGUGAUCCAAGUGCUCGAUUGGUUGUUAGCGCCGGUGAAAAGUAGAUGGUACAGCGUGGAAACUGGAGCAGUGUUACCGCUGGUGGCAAAUUUGACCACGCCGGAAGCGUUUAUGGCGCAGGAGCAACAGCAACAGCAACUCUCGAACGUGCACUGGGAUCUCUUUCACGACGUGCAGUUGCUCGAAAGGUGCAUGCGACGGUGUUUACCGGGCAGUAGCGCGCAAGCAGCGCAGAAAGUGGUUCAAGAAGCGCCCGGAGAGCAACAACAACAGCAACAACAAUCCGUCUGUCUCAUAUUGGAACACGUCGAAUGGGCUAUCCUCUUAGCGACGGAGAUGCACCGACUCGUAAGACAAAUCUAUACGCCAGGUUUGCAAUCGCAAAUGGUCAGCUCGAACUUAGCAGAAUCGUUGCAGCCGUCUUGGGAAGAGUACGCAGCCUCGUUGAAGCCAGGUAAAUUGAAAGAAUUCGCCUUGGAACAGGCGGAAAAUCAAAACGCAACGCAGCUGAAAGUAGUUUCCGUUCGAGAUUGGCUUCGCGUGUUACGAGACGCGAGUUUGAAUAUCAUCAAUUUGGUUUUGUUACACGCGAGUGAGAUGACGUAUUCGAACCCGUCAAUCGCGGGGAAGAUGCAGACAGUCAUAGCCACCGAUUUAGAGGCACAAAGAGACGACCAAGUGAGGACGAUGGUGCUUUUGUUCGUAAGGCCGGUACUGUCGAGAUGUCCGGCACAGUUUCGCCAGAUUUGGUUUCAAGCGUUGGUUGCGCCGAUAUUGCCAGAUUUGUGCCGACGCGUGGAAGCUGGCUGGACGACAGCGGGUGCGAACAAAGCAACUCUUUCGACUCCAGGAACAACAGCGAAUGAAGCUCUCGACACGUCGUCGGAUGUAUCCACGUACGCCACGCUCGUCGCCGAAGCUUACUCCGAACGCACGUUGCGCGAAAUUUCUCGAGAGUUGGGCUCGAUAUUAGAACUCAUCGUCGCUCCAGGCGGCACUCUCGGUCGACGCACGAAAACUGCAUCUACCUCAGAUACCGAAAAAGACGCCGUUGCAGGUGGCAAGCACUUGAUCGAUUGGAUGUGUUCGCAAAGUGAUGUGCAAGUAGCCCAAAUAGCCAUCCAAGCAGGCACUUUGGCGUUGAAGAUUGACGAUUUAGAAACAGUUUCUAAAGCCAUCUUGUUUUGUCGAGGUUUAGUCGCCGCCGCUUCCGCGCAAGACCCGCGCAUUGGCGAAGGGCUCGCGGAAUCUUGCGGCGGCGAAAUCGUACUUGCCGCCGUGGCGGCUUUGAGCAAAUCUUUGAAUUCUUCCUUACAAGCGGAACUUUUGAGUUUGAUUUACGAAGUUUUAACGAAACACGCGAGGACGACACAAUCAGUCCCGCACGCUAUGCUCUGCAUCCCAGGCAUUACGGAGAGCGUAUUGAUGAACACUUUGGAGGAAAUAAGCAAGUGUCGUUCGGAGAAAAAAGCGACUGGAUUGGUGAAAAAUUUAUUGUUAUCGAUACCGGGAGAGGAAUUGAAAGUUUUAGCAACUGGCGAUAACAAAAAGACAAUUUCAGCGAUUCAAAUUCCAACCAACAGUAAAAGAAGGCAAAGUGACGGUGGAAACGCGAGUGAACCCGUGAAAUCAUCUUGGACGGAAAACGAAGUCCACGCCGGGUUCCAGUUGUUUCAAUAG